CGAAUAUAGAAGUGUCGUACCUAAAAUCCUCUUCGUUGUACUGAUUUUUUCAUUAUAAACCUCUUCAUUUCUCUCUUUGUUUUUUUUUUUAUAUAUAUAAUUUUGAUAAUUAUAGGGACAUCUAAAACUAAUUAUUCCUGGAUUCAUUAGAAGCAGAAGAAAUUUUUGCAAUGCCACGUAUAAGAACAUCACGGACAAAACGUCCUCCAGAAGGAUUCGAAGAGAUUGAACCAACGCUACUAGAAUUCCAAGAGAGGAUGAGAGAAGCUGAAAAUACAACCGGGAAAGGCUCAAAAUCUGAGUCUUUGGCUCCUAUUUUUCAACUCCACCAUCAACGCAGUCGCUAUGUUUACGAUCUUUAUUACAAACGAGAGGCCAUUUCUACGGAGCUUUACAACUGGCUACUGAAACAAAAUUAUGCUGAUGCUAACUUGAUUGCCAAAUGGAAGAAGGCUGGUUAUGAAAAGCUCUGUUGUCUUCGUUGUAUACAAACAACAGAAUCUAAAUUUGGUUCUACUUGCAUAUGUAGAGUUCCUAAAGCCAAGCUUGGCAAGGACGCUCCUAGUACUUGUGUACAUUGUGGUUGUCGAGGUUGUGCUAGUGGUGAUUAACCAUGUCGGGAAACUCAAUCAAAAAUGAAAACGUUGUUAUGAUGACACUCUCAGGUUCAUAAAAUUACCAUUUAAAAUGCUAUCUAGUGUUUAUAGAGAAAUUUCGAUAAAAGAACGUCAGUGUACAUAGAAAUUAUGCCUCGUGAAGGUUUCGUAGAAGAAAGCCCCUAUAUAGUUAUUUCACAUUCCCUUUUUUGCUUGCAACCAUGAGUUUGCUUCAAUAUCAGAAGCAUGACUCGUUAGUAUUUGCUGAAACUUUUGCAGCAUUUCGUUUUUUGGCAUAUUCUUUCCUACCUCAUUUUGCCAUUCUAGCAUAAUUUUUCGAAUUAUGGCAAUACCCUCUUUCUUUGCCUGUCCUUCACCAUUUUCCAUUGGUUGAGCUUCAUCUUCUGCUUCCAACUCCAUCGCUUUCGCUUGUGCCAUUUCUAUGAUUUUGGCUGGGAAAUGCGCCAGUUCCGCUACAUGUAUACCAAAGCUUCUAUCACUCGCUCCUCCGCGAACAUUAUAUAACAGUGCAACAUCGCGAGCAUUAGUAUCUCCUACAUGGGCUGUCACAUGUAAGUUUUUCACUGUUGGAAUUUCUUCCGACAUUCGAGUCAUUUCGUGAUAAUGCGUAGCAAAAAGACAAAAGCAAUUUAUCUUUCUCACAAUGUGCUCAGUGAUAGCCCAUGCCAGGCCAAAACCAUCCGUAGUGCUAGUACCCCUUCCUAAUUCAUCAAUUAUAAUAAGAGAACGCGGAGUUGCGGACCUCAGAAUCGUGGCAGUUUCCAGCAUUUCUGCCAUAAAAGUGGAGACGCCUUUCAAUUGAGAAUCUCCAGCUCCAACACGGGCGAGAAUAGCAUCUACAACGUCAAUAGUAGCUGAGUCGCAAGGAACGAAACAACCAAUUUGAGCCAUAACUGUGAUAACACCAGCUUGUCGAAUGUAAGUUGACUUUCCUCCCAUGUUUGGUCCAGUAAUUAUAAGCAUCUCUGAUUCUUUCUGUUUAAGUAAAAUGUCAUUGGGAAUAAAAUUAACAUCAUCCUGUGCUUCCAAACAAGGAUGUCUUGCUUGCUUCAGCUCGAUACAAGCGCAAUGGGAAGAGCGCAAAUGGGAUCGCAAUUCAUUAAUAUCAGGGUUUUCUUCCAAGCCUACGACAUCAAUCAUUUUUUCUUGGUUAUCAGUAGCAGUAUCCACUUCCAACCUUGGAUCCAGUAUUGUUGGACACACAUAUGCGGUAACCGCAAGCGUACUUGCAAGAGCAAAACUCGUUAUAACAUCCAAAUGUGAUACAAUCUGACCAACUGCCUCCAAAGGAGGACUGUAUGUUGCAGCAAUUUUGAUGACUUCUCGAGCUAGGCCAUUCUGAUGAUAUCUAUAACUUUUUUGAUAGUCCAUAUAUGUACUAUUGAGGUUAUGAAGACGCUUGGUAGUAAAGUAUACUCCAUUUUUUUGAGUUGAUAAUUCUGAAUAACGGGAACUACGUCCCCGUAAACAACCAGCUUCUGCUCUUGUGAGACGCAAACACCAUCCAUAUAAAUGAUGCUGCUCAAGAUGCAAUUUUUUCUCGGUAUCCUGUUGAAGAUCAACACCCGCUUGCUUAUGUUCGUCAAAGAUUGAAUUUUCAAGUUCCUCGAGCCUUUGCCGUAAAUCCAAUAAUUCUUCAUCAAAUUCGGCACGAAUAAUAUAUUUAUGAGCAUCAAGUGCCUCUAAAUCAAUAGUGGUUUCCACCAGCUCAAUAAGUUUUGUUAGAUUUUUACAGUGGGUAGAUAGUGGCGUCGUGUAGACUUGAUCGAUUAACUGUUUGUGUACACUCUUUAAGGAAUCUAAAGCAGUGACAAUAUUCGGAAGAGCUUUGGCCAUUUGAUAAAUACGAACAACAUCUUCCAAACUUGAAGACCCACGGAUAAGGCGUCGGCAAAGUCUAGGAACAUCAGGGAUGGAUCGGAGAAGGUGAUCAUCGUCUAACAAAAGCUGACGAACUUCUGGGUCCUCAAUAAAAGCAGAUACUAACUUGUGUCUCCUCGUAAUCGCCUUUGGGUCUAAGAGAGGCUGAACGAUCCAUCGUCGGAGUUGUCUCGCACCCAUGGGAGUUCUACAAUGGUUCAACAAACCAUACAAGCUCAUCGUACGAUGCGCAUUUCCAUUUGCUGGGGGUAACAAGUUUAAUGCACGUACAGCCGCUACAUCGAGACGCAUAUACUGUUCCAAAUUAUGUUGAUAUAGAUGAAACUUUCGUGAAAGAUCCUUCUGUAACUCAACAUCAUCCGAAGGGAUUGGGUCGACCAGGUUUGGUCCUAAAUACCGAAGUACUGCAUUACAUGAGCCCAUAGCAAGCUGAAGACUUAACUCUGGAAUAAGUGCAUGUGUGACGGGGGUAUCCAAAACCUUUGCAAGCUCUAAUUCAACGUCUUUGGGGGAGAAGUAUGAACUUCGUAUUCCGGUAACCAACGCACCACAACCUUCGAUAAUAUUUCUGAGGCGAUUUAAUUCAGCACUAGUAAUCGAUGUACCCGUUGCGGUAUUUUCUCCGUCUUGCUGAGAGAUAAGACAUUCUUUGGCACCGGUUUGGACGAGAAGCGCUUCAAAAUUUGUGUAAGAAUCCGAGUCAACGAACUCAGAGACACCUAUUUUCCUUGUAAAAGGGUCUAUAAAAGUUACGCCAACGAUACGUUGAUCUUGUUUUACACGCGUUGUUACCGCUAGCAAUAUAGAGCCUGCAGAGUUAUCUACAUUAACGGUAGGAUCUUUUGUUGUAUCACUGUUCAUUAAUAGAUCCUCAAUCAUUUGCAUGUUACCAGGACUUGCUUGAUUUAGCAAAUCAAACCCCGUCUUGCUUUUGUUGGAGCCCCAAAUUUCGACUCGUUUCGCAUAGUUUGAUAAAACUUCUUCAGCGAACUUUAUGAACAACGAAGGAAACAUAGUACAGAAAGAGAGAUUUGAUUGAUUGUGAUAUUUCAGGACUGAAGUCGUAUGGUAUGCAUUUUGAGCAACAAAUGAAGCGUCUUCUCCAAUGGCCACAUAUGUUUCCUAAAAAUAGGUUUAGUAUAAGUACAAUGUAUUUUAAAGCAAUGAAAAGAAAAACGAGCAUAAG